UAAAAGUGCUGUGAUCAAAAUGACUCUGAUUAAAUUUUCAGAUACUGUGUAAUCCUUCAUUAAAUUAAACAAAAAAUAAUUCUAGAAAAUAUAAAUAAAGAUUAUUUGAAAAAAAUGUAAAGCUCUUGGGAUUUGUGCUUGUUUGAUUCUUGGUGGGAGGUCGGCAAUAAUUACCUAUAUAUAAGUGGGGGGUCCUAUCGCUUAUUUCACAGAAGAUUUUUAGCAAUAAUUCACAUUAUCGGUGAAUUGGCUGGUGAGGUAGUGUGUAGUGGGAAGAAUUUAUAGAAUUUUACGAUGAUUUUUGGACUGGGAAGUAGCAAUUUAAAAAUAAAAGAAGGCAGUGCCAGGUUCCAGUACUUAGCCACUGUAACAGGAUGCCUGGGUGUGAUUUCCGGUGCCAUGCACUUUGGCUGGCCCUCACCGUCCCUUCCCAAACUCCUAGACGACUCCUCACACAUCCAAGUUACCAGCGAAGACGGCUCAUGGCUAGCAUCCAUGCCCUGCAUCGGUGCAGCUUCAGGCUCCAUCAUGACAGCCUAUUUAGUGGACAGAAUAGGUCGGAAAACUUGCAUGCUCAUGACAGCACCGGCUUACCUGAUUGCCUGGCUCAUGGUGGCCUUCGCCACAACAAUUUGGGAACUGUACACGGCCAGAUUCAUUUCUGGAUGGGCUGAUGGACUGGUUUUCACCGCUUUCCCUAUGUACCUGGGUGAAAUAGCUUCGUACGACAUCAGAGGGCUUCUUGGUUCAAGCAUACAGCUCUCCAUGAUCGCUGGGAUGCUUAUUAUCAACGCCAUAGGAUCAUAUUUAAGCAUAACAAACACAGCGUUAAUAUGUUCAGCACUACCUCCAAUAUUUUUCGUUACUUUCAUGUUCAUGCCUGAAAGUCCUUACUAUCUAGUCAUGAAAGACAAAAUCAAGGAAGCAGAGAAGAGUUUACAGUUGUUCAGACAAAGCAGGGAUGUUUCUAAUGAACUAAGUAGGGUUUCAGAAGUUGUGAAAGAAGAUCAAGCCCAGUCGGGUCAUUUCUAUGAGCUUUUUACAGUCCCAUCUAACAGAAGAGCUGCUAUUAUUGUUUUUGGACUUAGGACUUUCCAGCAAUUCAGCGGUACUACUGUGAUAACCUUCUAUGCUCAGAGUAUUUUUAGAGAAGCUAGUGGAGAUAUUUCUGCCAGUACUGCCUCAAUGAUUUACUUCACCUUGCAACUAAUUUGUGCAAUGACCUCAUCGUUUUUAGUAGACAAGGUUGGUAGGAAACCUCUCCUUGUCAUAUCCAUUAUUGGAUCAGGUGUAGCACUUUCUUUGGAAGGUACAUACUUUUUCCUUAGCAACAAUACCACAGUAGAUGUGUCAAAUCUCAAAAUUAUACCUUUAGUAGCUUUAUUGGGUUAUGUAGUGAUAUUUAACAUCGGUAUGGGUGUGAUUCCUGUACUGUUUCUUGGAGAAAUGUUCUCAACGAAUGUCAAAGCUCUUGCUCUAUGUCUAGCAGACAUAUGGUUUGGUAUUCUGGUUACAGCAGCAUCUAAAUUCUUCCAGAUAAUGCAAGAUGGGUUCGGUAUUUCUGUACCAUUCUUUACUUUCGCUAUCUGUUGUGCCUUAGGCUUAGUUUUUAUAUUCUUUGACGUGCCAGAGACCAAAGGCAAAACGUUGGAGGAUAUCCAGGAGGAACUAAAAGGCAAAAAAGAAAAAGAAAUAACGGAGAAGAACCCUGUGUUAUAUUCUAUAAGUUCUUAG